CACGCGGGGUCACCUCCUGGCUGUAACCCUCCUGCAGGGCAAUGGGCCAGUCUGCGUGUUCCUCCCACUAUUUUCCACUGAGCGACAAGGCUGCACAUUGUGCUCAGACCGGCCAGCCAGCCAAGGUUACACAGUCGUUUUCUCACCCCGCCUCAAAGAGAGAGAGAGAAAAAAAGAAGGUGACAAUGGAGACCUUCAAUCAUAAGCUGAACAUUUACUUAGAGUCAUGGAUGGGUCCCAGAGAUCAGCGGGUGAGAGGAUGGCUGCUGCUCGACAACUACCCACCAACCUUUGCACUCACAGUCAUGUACCUUCUGAUCGUCUGGAUGGGGCCCAAGUACAUGAAACACAGGCAGCCGUACUCCUGCAGAGGCCUCCUGGUGCUCUACAAUCUGGGCCUCACGCUCUUGUCCUUCUACAUGUUCUAUGAGCUUGUUACGGCUGUGUGGCACGGUGGAUACAACUUCUACUGCCAGGACACACACAGUGCACAAGAAGUGGAUAAUAAGAUCAUAAAUGUCCUGUGGUGGUACUACUUCUCCAAGCUCAUCGAGUUCAUGGACACCUUUUUCUUCAUACUACGAAAGAAUAAUCACCAGAUCACCUUUUUGCACAUCUACCACCACGCUACCAUGCUGAACAUCUGGUGGUUCGUCAUGAACUGGGUGCCCUGUGGCCAUUCGUACUUCGGUGCCUCCUUGAACAGCUUCAUCCACGUCGUGAUGUAUUCUUACUACGGCCUCUCAGCCGUUCCAGCCAUCCGACCGUACCUUUGGUGGAAGAAGUACAUCACACAGUUCCAGCUGAUCCAGUUCUUUUUAACCAUGUCCCAGACAAUUUGUGCAGUCGUUUGGCCGUGUGGCUUCCCAAUGGGAUGGCUGUACUUUCAAAUAAGUUACAUGGUCACACUCAUCAUCCUUUUCACAAACUUCUACAUUCAGACUUACAAGAAGCACAGUGGUUCUCUAAAGAAGGAGCUCCAGAAUGGCUCCGCUGCGUCAACAAAUGGACAUGCAAAUGGCGCGCAAUCGAUGGAGCGCACCACAGCCAAGAAACUGAGGGUGGAUUGACAUUUGAGGAACCGCCACCUAACUCACACUGUAGCGUGUUAGCUAAUGCUGCUAGGAGGUGUAUGUAUCUUCUUAUCUAGAAUAGUCUAGCACUCACUUCAGACGAAAUAAGCCAUAGCUUCAUAUAUCCAGAGACUUUCCAUGUUUUUGCACACAUUACUACACAUGGUACCGAAUUAUGACAUUAAAAUAAUUUAAAGAGAAACGUAUUGUAGUAUGGUUGACACUGUACAGUAUUGCCUUCCCCACCCUCUAGAGGUAAUCAACUCUAAAGCAAAAAUCUCUUUCUUGUUACCAGCGAACACAUUGAGACUCAGUGGGUCCAAAGAUGGAAGUGAGCUUUAAAGAUUUUAUCGCGAUGGAUGACGUCAACCUAAGGGACAAUUUAAAAAAAAGAACACUUUGCUCACUGUGGUCCUUAAUGUGUAACUAGAGCACGUAUCUUGUGUAUUGCUUUAUGCCUCUCUGCCCUGUGCAGUUGCAUAAUCCUAAAUUUUGCUCUCUGUGAUGCAUUUUUAUUGACAGUGUAGCAGCAGAAAUUGCAUUUGGCUGAUGUAUUUGCAGAGCAGGGAAUCCAGUUUGGAAUAUUUAGCCAUCUGAUCAAAGCAUAACCAAAGCAUAGUGGGCUGCAAAUGCUCGGAUUUAUAUUUAAAACAGUUUUAGACAGUGUGAAAGGACAACUGUUGUGUUUUAUAAGCACAAUAUAAACUCAGUUCUCCUUAACAACAACGUUACAGAAAUCUCCUUUCACACUGUGUUAUGUCUACUGUAGCUUUUAAGACCUGAAAUGUAUUUACUUUAUUUGAUGCUGGUUAGGUCUGCAGUGCAGCUGCUUAUUGGUAACUAUUUAGAUAUUAAAUUUAUCAGGUGAAUAUAAACAUAUUGUAUGACUCAGUGCUAAUCAUUAUAUUCAGAUAAACUUUAUUAUAUAGUUAAGAAUGAGAGCUCGCUAUUGACCUAUUGCAAAAAACAGUCUUACUACAAGGUUAAUUUAGUAGAUCAGAUAGGACUUUUGAUGGCCAUAUAAUCUUCAGUAAAAGUUUUUUUUGCUCAGUUGUCAUGAAAGAGCCUUUAAAUGCUUAGAAAAAAAAAUGAAAUGGAAACAUCUCCAACUUAUUGACAGCUUUGGAAGAUUUCUUGCUGAAGACAUCAUGAGAAACAAUACAAGUACUACAUUUUAUUCAGUCUUUACAUCAAUAGGGUGCCUUCUGGACCAGCUGAUUUGGUUUCUAAUGUAGCAGCUUUCAUCUUUUCAGUCACCUAAUGUUGGUCCAUUUCAGACCAACAUGUGUCAGACCUCCUGUUCAAAUCCUGUGCCUGAAUCUUUACUUUGUUGAACUUGUCAAAUAUCCUAAAUGAUCAUUUCUAACAAAUGGUACAUGCUACACAUAAUAAUGAUGCAUAUAUAAUGUAUUAGAUUAGCAUAAAGAUUGGAAACAGAUGGAAACAGCUAAAAGGCAAAGGAAAUUAAAUCGGCCCUCAUUGCUUGAGAUUUUAAUGCAUUAGAUGAGUUGUUUUCCAGUGUUUCAGUCUUUAUGCUCAGCUAAGUUCGCUGGCUGUAGCUUCAUAUUUAGCAUACAGACAUGAGCAAGGCAGCAGACAAGUUUGUGCCCUCAUAUGCUGACGGUAUUUGCUAGAUAUUUUUCAAAAACUGAACUGUUUUCAAUGGAAGACAGAGGAUGUAAUGAAACUAUUUUAUUUGUGUAUUCAUUAUGUUAAUGUUGUCAUUACCAAAACUGCUGUCAGGCGCAUAAACAGGGAAUGCUGCGCUGCUCUACCAUGUUGAUUUAAUUUAAUGAGACAUGUAGUUUAAUUGUUUUAAUGACCGGCAGUCACUCUCACUGCCACAGAUGUUUUUGUUGAACUCUAAACAACACAAAAAAGUCAACAAUUUCCCUGCACUACAGAGGGUAGCACAAACUUGGUUAACAUUCAGGAACCAUUCAGUAGCUUUUUGGGUUUUUUAAUCUCCACCUACAUGCCAUACAUGUUGCAGUUCAUCCUUUGUCCAAGGUGAUAGUGCUAAAGGUUUAUAUAUAUUUAACAGUAGGAUUAGCAUUCAUUUUCUUCCCCAAUGGGCAAAAGUCAAAGAAGAAUACAGCUAUGUGAUGACGUACACAUUUUCUAAAAUGUUAAAGCGUAUAGAUAUAUUUUCUGAAAUAUGGGGAAAGUCUGGGUUACCGUGUUAUGACUCAUACUCUACUCACUGUAACACAUUAAAGACAAACUCAGAUUGUACACAUA